AUGUCACGACCAUCAGUUCGCGAGACCAUCGCUGCUGCCAGGGCCAGGAUGGUUCAGGAGCAAGCAAAGUCAAAGUCGAUUCGAGGAGGAGCUGCCGACGAGCGCGAGGCAUUCAUUGGAUCGAACAUUCCUGGCGUCCGCAAGACCGCCCCUGCCCCCAGACGCCAAACCGACGUGGAGAUUCUGGGACACGCACAAAAGUCCAUCAAAAGCUUGAUCGCCAACGCCAAAGGCACAGGUAUCAUGAACCUUUCGAGCCGAGAGUUGACGGAAAUCCCACUGGAGAUCUGGAACAUGUACCAUGUUGACCCUGACAAGGUCGUCGUGGACUUCAACUCGACCGCCACAGCUUGGUACGAUGCUGUUGAAUUGACGCGUCUUAUUGCGUCUGGCAACAAGAUCACACAUAUCGACGCCAGGAUUCAGGAGUUUGGUGCGUUGGUCGCUAUCGAUCUUCGUGGCAACCAAUUGACAAGCCUACCUGAGGAAUUCAGCAACUUGCAGCGACUUGCUCAACUCAACAUCUCGUCAAACAUGUUCGCGGAACUCCCACCCGUCCUACUCACACUCACGACGUUGGUGGACUUGCAGCUGGGCGGGAACCAACUCUCAGGCACCCUGGACCCAGCCAUCGCCAAAUUAACCAAACUUGAGGUUCUCGACCUCUCCAGCAACCAAUUGACGGAAAUUCCUCAGGAACUUACUCUUCUGAAGGCGGUCCGCAAGUUGAACCUGUCCAAGAACAAGCUGGAACGGUUCCCUGUCAGUAUCUUGGCCAACAUGCCCAAGCUCAUAGAGCUCGAGAUUGGCGACAACAAGCUUGGAUGUCUCUUUAGCGGGAUUGGGGAGUUGCCAACGACGGAAGAAGGCGUGCAAGGUCUGGAGCUGCCUGCCUUAGUUCGGCUGGAUGCCAGGAACUCGGGACUUCAGAGAAUCACGGACAUCGAUGGAGUGGAUGACUCAGCUAAGCCCAAGAUUGCAUUCUUGGCCAUCAAGGAGCUGCUCCUGUCGCACAACUUGCUGAGUAACUUGGAGAACCUGCUCUAUGUCGCCCCUCAGCUGCAUUAUUUGGACCUUCGAUCAAACCAAUUCACGGAUCUGCCUGUCGGUGUGUUGGAACUGCCGUCUCUUCGCCAGUUUGAUAUGGCCAGCAACAGGUUGGAAUGGAUACCCAACGAACUUGGUUCUAUGUACGACCUGACCAACUUUAUGUGGGAAGGCAACCCUAUCAAGAACAUCCCCCGUACCUGUAACAAUACUGAGGCUCUUAUGAAGUUGUUGCGACAGCGUCUUACUGACGGUCCCUCUCAUGCUGAUGCUGAUCGUAUGGAGGCACUCUCUGUCAACUCUUCUGUGCCCAGCAGUCCUGCUGCUUCUUCAAGCCCUUUCCACCGCUCGCCACCAUCUUCGCAGAGCGGGCCACUCGCAUCCCGUGGAGGCUCAGCUUCUGCCCGCAACAAUGCCGCCAACGAUACACCUACCCCUGUUGCCUCCCCCAGGAAGAUCUCCAAAAACUUGGCCCUUUCCAAGAAAGCACUCAAGGAGCUCACCAAGGAGGAAAUCUUGGAGGCAUGCCAAAGCCCUCAAAUUGCAUUGUUGGACUUCAACGCCCUGACCGUCUUCCCGGCAAUCCUCCAACAAACUGUGGGCUCGACUCUGACCCAGAUUACGAUCCAUCACAACAAGAUCUCAGAGUUCCCUUUCACGCUUUCGUUCCCUUUGCUGUUGACGCUGGACCUCUCCGACAAUGUACUGACGAGUCUGGAAACUGUCGAUGCUGGAUCGGUAGCACAGAUUGGUCAGGACAACUUCCCAUCCCUGAACGAACUCAACCUGUCCAGCAACCAGAUCAAGGAGAUCCCACUUUGGCUGCCCAAUGCAUUCCCCAGACUUAAGACGUUGAGCAUGGCCCGAAACAAGAUCACGACCAUUGACCCCAAGUCCUUUGAAGGGUUGACGGUUCUGGAUCUGGCUGGUAAUGAUAUUGGGUCUUUGCCUCCCUUGUUGGGCAACAUUCGGUCGAUCAAGAGUCUGUCGCUCGACGGGAACGUAUUCCGUGUGCCAAGGAGGCAGAUCUUGGAACAGGGCACCGAGGCUGUAAUGGAGUAUCUUCGCGGACGCAUCCCUGCUUAA